AUCCUAACGGUUGGCCCGAAGAGAUGGAGCCAUUUUCGUACACUGGCAAACUGGACAAAGUGGCGGAAGAAGGUGUGAUCAUCGUUUCCAUUCUUGCCGCGACUCUCCACGUGUUCAUGGUCCUAUCCCUUGCGCCGACGAUCCUCACUCGGAACAAGAAUUGCGAGUAUCCGCCCUCCCGGUUCCACGGGGCAACGCCUCUCAAAUGGCCAACGGAUUACACGGCAGAACGAGCCCGCAUCAAAACGCGACUGGAACAACCGGUGCGCCCGACGAAGAGGAUCCCGCCUUCCACCACCAGUGCAAGCUCCUCAAGCUCGAAGUCCUCUACCAGCCCUCCCAAGCAUUCCCUUCUCCCACCAGGCCGCGCUCUUGAAUUGCUACCACAGUUCACGGGACCGAAUCCACAUCUACAACCGGAUCAACCGCCAGGAGACCCUCUACUACACAUGGCGCAACAUCCACGGGAUCUGUUCGUCCGGCGCGAUAAUCAUUCACUGCUUUUGGGCCUCGUCAGAGCUCCAGUCGGUCGUCCCCCUAAGGAGGCGCUGCAGUGUCUGCGCGGGUGCUCCAACCUGCUCAGCAUCGGCGGACAGUGGUGGCUCUCGGUGCGCCACGGCAAGGAGAACUCCGACCGCAUCGUCGACCUCACUGUCGAGCGGCUGAGCCAGAAGCACCAUCACUCGUUUGCCGCCGGUGCGGCCGGUCAGACCGCGCUGCCUCAGUCGGAUAGCCUCGCGGAGGGUGGCAUCCGAUUCCAACGGAUGGAAAUAGCAGCAUGCACAAAGCGGUGGAUAGUCUACUGGGGCUCGCGUCGGUCGCGUGCGAUGGCCUCGGGCAGAACCUGGAGAUGGCAUCGCAGGAUCCGAUCAUGGAGAGUUUCUUUAGCGAGUAUUUGCAGGGGCAUUGGAGUUGGGAUUCGUUUUCAAGAUCCUUGCAUCCGAUGCCUUAGAUGCCUUAAUCUCGGACCCCGAGAAUUGGUGGUUAGUUUAGCUGCUGCUGCACAAAUUAGCAAGGCUGGCGGCCCUUUGCACACCACGCGAGGUACGUAGCGUCCGUUUCCGGAGUACCUCCAUAGGGUUGUUUGGCUUGGCUUGGGCGUAGCGGAUAGGCUUGCAGAGCAUAACGCCCUCGUAGAGAUGGGAAAGCCCAACCAGUCCGGCGAGGACUUUGGAUAGAGGGCAAACCGUCGCCAAUCCUGGAAAUUUCUGUUUUAGCCCGUGCUUUGGAGGCCAUCGGGCAAACCCUGCAUCACUGCAACUCACGUAUCCGGUAAGAAUUCAGAUCUUGGCUAGGGUUGCAACUAUCAAGGUUCUAUUUUUCGCUCCACCGGGUGGGGAGGGGAGAGAAGUCAGGACGUUGGAUCAGUUACUCCGG